CAGAAAAGGUCAUGUCCAGCCAAGAGGCAACUGAGGUCAGCACGCAGUCUGAGCUGCGGCAGCGCAAGGCCGACCACCAGCCCGGUUCAGCUAGCCAUGGCAAUGAAGGAGAAGGAGAUGGAGGAAGAGGAGCAGAUGAUGUGAGGAGCAAGAGGAAGAAGAAGAAGAAGAGAGUGGUGCGGCGUCGUCCUCUCCCUCCGCCUGUCUGCUUCUUCCCCUGGUACAUCUGCCUCCUCCUCCUCGCCCUCCCCUUCCUCGCUCUCUUCCUCCAUGGCCAGAUGCUGCUGCUUGGCACAGAGAAGCCACUCGACGCCCUUCCUAAGCACGAACUGGUCUCCGCCUUUGACUUCCUCGGUGACAUGCAUGAGACGUUGUACCACUGGUACGCAGGCCCGGCCAUGAACGAGAUGAUCCGCAAGUGCCAGCUCAAGGAUGUGUGGGGCGUGCUUGAGUUUGGUCCGGGGAAUGGUGGUCUUGCUCAGUUCCUCCUCGACAAGCGAAUGCCGGCCAACGCCACCUACGAGGGCUUUGAGGUCUCUGAGAAGAUGUUCCACACCACCGUCCAUCGCGUCUCCAAGCACCUCGACACUGGCCGUGCUUGCAUCCGCUGGAAGCGCGACGACGAUCCGCGCAACGACCUCGCCGUCGGCCGGACUCGCAACUCGAAGCACGGCUCGUCGCGUCUCAACUGGAAGGGCUUUGACGCCGUCAUCGCCACCUACGUCCUCGACAAGAUUCCGCCCUCGGACAUCGAGGCCAUCAUCAGCUACGCCCACAAAGAGGUCCGCGACGACUACGGCCGGGUCUGCCUCGUCUCGCAGACCCGUGGCAACUCGUUGAUCUCCACCUUUGUCACCUCGAUGUGGUCCUCGCUCUACGCCAUCUACCCGCCGCUCCUUGCCGGCUCGCGGCCCAUCCGGACCCGCGACUACCUUCCCGACUCGCAGUGGAAGAUCACCCACCACAACGUCAUCUCCAAGUGGGGCGUCGCCUCCGAAGUCGUCAUUGCCGAGAAGAUCCCGCCGCCGCCGCCCACGCCCGUCAUCACCGACGCCGCCACCGCCGCUGCUCUCGCCGCCGAAGCAAAGGCUGCCAAGACCUCCAAGCCGCCGGUCAUCUCCAAGCCGCCGCCGCCGCCGCCGCCCAAGGAGCUGUAGAUUCUCCGCCCAUAUUGCCCCUGUCUGUCCUCACACGCAAACACGUGCCCAUUCACCU